GACUGAAUGCCACCUCAAGAAUUAUUUGAUUUUUAUUAUGUAUUUAUUUAUUUUAAUAACAUACUUGGGCAGCCAUGUAAUAACCGGUAAUUUGGUGAUAAUGUGUGCGUAAGCAGAGCCAGUGAAAGAACCCAUGCUCAGCUCCUCCAUCAACAGCGUUUGUGUUGUGUCUGUAUUCGAAGCCUCUGACAUACAAUGUGCUCAAGCUUGAAGAACUACAUGCUUUUCUGUCCCUUCAAAUGGCACCCUUUUGGAACCCCUAGCACCUCUGUAGUGCAUUUCCUGUAAUCUAAACUAUUUAUGUUAAUAUUUUAGUAUCUGACCCUAUUGAACUAAAAAAAAUCUGUAUACAAAUGUUUUGGUAAAAAAAAAAAAAAAACAUACAAAAACACAACACUGUGCAUGGUCUGUUUGCACACACACGGGUGGGCUCGCUGUUGCUUCUAAAGCCAUGCGUUUUCGUGGAAUAUCACUGUUUCCAUGGGAACUCAACCGGGAAUUUCUGUGCAGUUGCACAGGAGGUUAAACUGGUCAUGUGGUAAAACAAGAUGGCGUCUCUAAUCCUGAUCUUGGGUCAAGCAUUGUGAUCGAGAAAUAUCUGUUUGCUUUAACAAGGUUUGGUGAAUGACGUGAGACUGGAAGUCAGCAUCAAUGCCGUUGCAGUGAGAGGCUUUGUCCACACACACACAAACAUACACACACACCCCAUAGGAAUUGCAGCAAUAAAAUGGCUCUAACUGUUUUUGAUAAUGACGAAUACAGGCCUCCUGUGUGGAAAUCAUACUUGUACCAGUUACAGCAGGAAGCACCCCAUCCUAGACGGAUCACAUGCACCUGUGAGGUAGAAAACCGCCCCAAAUACUAUGGAAGAGAGUACCAUGGCAUGAUUUCAAGAGAAGAAGCUGAUCAGUUGCUUAGUAUUGCAGAAGGCGGUUACCUCAUUCGGGAAAGCCAGCGACAGCCUGGAACCUACACGUUAGCCUUACGAUUUGGAAACCAAACGAGAAAUUUCCGCCUCUACUACGAUGGCAAACAUUUUGUUGGCGAAAAGCGAUUCGAGUCCAUCAACGACCUGGUGACUGAUGGGCUGAUCACUCUCUACAUAGAAACCAAGGCAGCGGAGUACAUUGCAAAGAUGACAAUCAAUCCGAUUUAUGAGCAAAUCGGAUACACCACGUUAAACCGAGAGCCAGCGCUCAAGAAGCACGUGCCAGUCCUUAAAGAAGCACCAGACGGGAAAGAAGCGCUGGCAGAAGAUGCAAACCUGGAAGAGAGGCUGACUUCGCUGGUUAGGAGAGCCACGCUGAAAGAGAACGAGCGAACUCCCAAAUAUGAAAAAGUCCACAAUUUCAAGGUUCACACGUUUAGGGGGCCUCACUGGUGUGAAUACUGUGCCAACUUCAUGUGGGGUCUCAUUGCUCAGGGAGUGAAAUGUGCAGACUGUGGUUUAAAUGUUCACAAACAAUGUUCCAAGGUGGUUCCAAAUGACUGCAAGCCAGACCUGAAGCAUGUUAAAAAGGUCUACAGCUGUGACCUUACCACACUGGUAAAAGCCCACAACACAAAGCGGCCAAUGGUGGUAGACAUGUGCAUACGAGAAAUCGAGUCUAGAGGUCUGAAGUCAGAAGGGCUGUAUAGAGUAUCAGGGUUCAGUGACUUAAUAGAAGACGUCAAGUUGGCAUUUGACAGAGAUGGCGAAAAGGCAGAUAUUUCUGUGAAUGUUUAUGAAGAUAUCAAUAUUAUCACUGGUGCACUUAAACUGUACUUCAGGGAUUUGCCCAUUCCCGUGAUCACAUAUGAUGCCUAUCCGAGAUUUAUUGAAGCUGCAAAGCUCACAGACCCCGACGAGCAGCUCGAGGCCCUUCACGAAGCACUGAAGCUUUUGCCACCUGCACACUGUGAAACACUGAGGUAUCUCAUGGGGCACUUGAAGAGGGUGACUCUCAACGAGAAGGACAGUCUCAUGAACGCUGAGAACCUGGGGAUUGUGUUUGGUCCCACCCUGAUGCGAGCACCGGACCUGGAUGCAAUGGCGUCUCUCAAUGACAUUCGCUAUCAGAGACAGGUGGUAGAGUCCCUGAUAAACCAUGAGGACAUUUUGUUUUAAAAAAAAAAGUGUAUUGAACUCGGUGGAUGAAGGAAAUAGUUUUUUGUUUUUUUUUGUU